CGCUGCCACUGUCCUUCGCUCUCACAAAUGGAGCAUUUCUCAGUGUGAGCAGCAACACCCAGCAGGAUGCCUGGACCUCUCUGCCUCUGCUUCCUCCUCUCUGGACUCCGCCUCACAGCUGGUUAUCUAACUGUUUCCAUUGAGCCUCGUCCUCCCGUCAUCAUUGGAGACACAGUCACACUGAAAUGCAAUUUCCGUACCGAUGGAAACCUGCAAGAAAUCAUGUGGUUUCGGGUGAUAGAAGGAGGCAGUGCCAAACAAAAGAUUUUCACCUAUGAUGCCAUGUCCAACGCUAGCUACUCCAACAUGGAGGAGAACCACAGACCAGAAGACCUGAUCUAUCAAUCAACAGUGCGGCUUCCGGAGGUCCAGAUGCAGGAUGAGGGUCUGUAUGAGUGCCAUGUGGGGAUCUACGAACGAGGCUCCACACACAAAGUCCUUCUAGCUUCCAGCAGCAUCACCCUCAUUGUUAUAGUCCCUCCGAAAUCGAUCUCUGUGAUGGCGACCAACAGUCCAGCUCCGUUCAGCCGCUAUAAGGCCCAGAACUUCACGUUGGUCUGCGUUGUUACUGGGGCAAAGCCAGCUCCUGUGGUUCACUUCAAAAGGGACGGCGAACUUAUCGAUGUGGUACCAACAGAGCAGUCAUCCUCCUCAGUCGGAGAGCAAAGCAGGGCUGCAGACCUGGAGACGAGUGUGAGCAGGAGUCAGGAGAAGCUUUGGAAUGCACUGGUCCUCACAAGUCGAGACCUCGAUGACACCAAAGUGAAGAAAUCACUGUCUCCCCUGGAGCAGGAGGCAAAACUGGGUCGGCUUGGCCAAGGUGACCCCGGACACUCUCGGCAGGGCUCAGAAGAGGGGCCAGAGUUGAAACCCGAGCCGACGGCCGAGGUCAUCCCCGAGACGGUGGUGAGCCGAGAGUUUCCACGCUGGGUCCAGAGCAGUGACCCCCUCUAUUAUUUCCAACAUCGACAACAGGCAGCAAGCGACGGCACGCUGGAGGUAAUAGCGAUGCUGACCUGGAGCCUGAACCCACAGCUGGACAACGAGGCUCUGUUCAGCUGUGAGGUCAACCACCCAGCUCUGUCCAUGCCAAUGCAGGCCGAGGUCACAUUGGCUGCUCCCAGAGGCCCCAAGCUGUCCACGAGCCCCAGCAGAGUCAAAGUGGGAGACACGGUUUCAAUGGUGGUCCAGGGCUUCCAGCUGGGACCAUCUGCGACUGAGGUGUUCCCUGAACCCAUGUUCACCUGGACUCGGGUUGGGGGUCACCUCCUGGACGGCAGGGAGGAGCACAGCGGGAGGGAGCUGGUCUUGGAGCGAGUCCCAGCUGAGCUGAAUGGCUCCAUGUUUCGCUGCACGGCCCAGAAUCCCCUGGGCUCCACCGACACGCACACCCGCCUUAUAGUAUUUGACAACCCAAGACUGAAGAAAGGAAAAGAACAUUACAUUGCCGUCAACGCAGGAGUCCGUCAUUGUUUCCUCACGUUGACCGUCACGGUGCUGCUGCUGCUGCCAGGAUUCACCUGA